AAAAAAACAAAAACAAACAGGGAAACCCAACCUCUCCCUUCUUCUUCUCAGAUCAGAUCUCAGCCAAAUUCCUCCAAUGGCGACAUCAACCCCACGCGAAGAGAGCGUCUACAUAGCCAAGCUGGCCGAGCAAGCCGAGCGCUACGAAGAAAUGGUGGAAUUCAUGGAAAAAGUCUCCUCCACCGUCGUCGCAUCCGAGGAGCUCACAGUGGAGGAGCGCAACCUCCUCUCCGUCGCCUACCAGAACGUGAUCGGCGCUCGUCGUGCUUCGUGGCGGAUCAUCUCCUCAAUCGAGCAGAAGGAGGAGUCUCGCGGCAACGCCGACCAUGUCUCUACCAUCAAGGACUACAGGUCCAAGAUUGAGAACGAGCUCUCUUCGAUCUGCGACGGCAUUCUCAAGCUUCUCGACACCAAGUUGAUCCACCUCUACAUCGCCGGAAUCGAUAUCUGCCUCGUCGGCAACUCCGCCUCCAUGGUUGUCCACGGCCACGACACCACCCUUCCGAUCUCUCUCGACAAAAUGCUCGUCCACUGUGAGGCACCUUCAAGAAUCUCUGCUGGACCCAACAAUUGCUGUCACCCAACACACCAUUCCCACACACACGGUUUAAAGAGAGACAGCACACACACAUAACACACCACACACGGC